AGUUGAGAAAUAUUAUUUACGCAAUAACACAGUACUCGUUCAACUAUUGAGUGUUGGUUGGUUCAUUGCCGAGUAUUACAAUGACGGGCAUGCAAGGCACACGGAGGCAGGAUCCGUCGAACGCCGCUACAAAUGGCAUUACCUUAAUGGGAGACGGGAAUGUAGGUCAGAUGAAAACGGUUGCAGACGAUAGAAAACCCGGGGAGUGGGGAAGAGCCUGGAACGUGGAUCUACUGACGCAUCUGACAGUAAUAUGUAUUCUACUUACUACUCCAUUUAUUGCACUCUACCUGCACAUGGCUUGUCCAGAAUUCGACUGUUCUGUUACGGCGCCUCUUGCACGGUUUCUUGACGGAAGUUUGACGUUUCGAGCAUUUUUAGAAAGAGCGCCACCUCUAAACGGGUUAGCUUUCAAGAUGGCCGGUUCUUGGAUAUUGCUUCAAUUGUUUUUCUACUACAUACCUGACGUUUUCGGCUAUAUUCUACCUGGAUACGCAGGCGGUAUCCGAUACGGAGCUGUUACACCAGCCGGACACGAACUCAAAUACAAUGUUAAUGGCCUGCAGUCUUGGACAAUUACCAACGUAUUGUGGAUCCUAAACGGAGUUUACUUUAAGUGGUUCUCACCAGCGAUAAUUGUCGACAAUUGGGGGCAGUUGUUCUGGGUGGCUAACAUCCUAGGCUACGGGGUAAGCGUAUUCGUUAUGAUCAAGGCGCACCUAUUCCCGACGCAUGCCCAUGACCGGAAGUUCUCCAGUAGCUUUCUGUACGAUUUUCUGAUGGGCAUAGAGUUGAAUCCACGGCUCGGGAGUAUGUUCGACUUCAAACUGUUCGUCAACAGCCGAAUAGGGAUGGCAUCUUGGUCAGUGAUUAACAUUUCGUAUGCAUGGAAGCAAUAUGAGAAUUAUGGGUACGUGACGAACUCUAUGAUUCUGGUAAACGUUCUGCAUGGGUUCUACGUCAUCGACUUCUUCUGGAAUGAAGCUUGGUAUCUAAAGACUAUUGAUAUACAACACGAUCACUUUGGUUUCUAUCUUUGCUGGGGCAUCUUUGUGUGGCUCCCUUGGACGUACACACUACAGGGUUUUUAUCUCGUCUAUCAUCCUACACAACUCCCAAAACCUGUAUUCAUAGGUAUUCUGGUACUUGGCAUAGCAAGCUACUGUAUAUUCAGGGCCGUUAAUCACCAGAAAGACCUCUUCCGACGGACUAAUGGUAACUGCAAAAUCUGGGGCAAAAAGCCCGAAUUCAUCGAGUGUGAUUACUAUUCUGGAGACGGCAAGAAGAGACGAAGCAAACUGCUGUUAUCUGGUUGGUGGGGUGUAACCCGCCACAUGAAUUACACGGGCGAUUUGUUCCAGUCGCUUGCCUUCUGCCUAGCAACUGGAUUCGAUCAUAUAUUACCAUAUUUUUACAUAACGUUUAUCAGCGGGUUAUUGCUCAAUCGUUGUUAUAGAGAUGAACAGAGCUGUAAAUUGAAAUAUGGCGAAAAUUGGGAUAAGUAUUGCGCCAGGGUACCAUACCGCCUUAUACCAGGGAUUUACUAAUGCAACGAAUCUAAAGUUGGUACCAUCUUAGGGUUUAUGUAAUUCGUCUGUUAAUGCCAGUUUUUAUUUUGAAAGUAUCUAAUUAUAAAACACACUUUUACAAAUCUAUACAGAAUAACGUGGUAUAUUAAUAUUCAAUUUUAAACAAAAAUCGCUGACAGACACAAUAUAAUUAAGACAUGAACAUCAAUAGGUUAUUGUUUUUCGAGAUCAAAUAUUCAAUUAAAUUAUUUUUUUUAAAUAUCACUUGUAAGGUACAAUAUAACCUUGCUCAGAAGAAAGUAUAGACUGAAGUAAAAACAGCAGUACUAAAAAGCCAAAAGAAUGUUGAUGAUAAUAGCAAUAAUCAAAGUGCAACUAUCAAUGAGAAUACAAAUGUCAUUGCAUAUGCUAAUUGUUUUUACAAACGACAGUUCCGAUUUCCGACGACAUCGAUGAAGGAAUUUCCAGAGUGCAAUAAGCUGGGAUUCGCUGGAUCACUUGUGGGUUUAUCUCUUUAUUGAAUAUGGUAACCUUCUUUUAGAAAUAUUUAUAUAAGUUACAUUUUGUGGGUCAGAAGAAACCAAGAAAGUUCCAUUACGAUUAACUGGCUUCAUACUUUAAAGAGAUAGACUGUUGCUAGGAUUUCAACUUUAGUUUCCAAUUAUUAUUUUUUUUGUAAUGUAAAUUUGAAAUCGUAUUUUUAUUAUUUCCUUUGUAUGUAGACCAUCCACCACUACUAAGAUAUAAUACGUUACUCCAUAUUGAACCAACACCGAGAAAAUAAGUUGGUAUAAAAUAGGGUACAUCCUAUGGAGUAUACCGGCAGUUCCCCAGUAGUUUAGUCAGUAGAGCGUCUGAUGGUAAUGUCGUAUAAGUCUUGGUUCCAAAUCACGAUGGAACAAAAAAUAUUAAUAUUAUUUUCUUAUUUUGUAUGGUAUUUUUAAUGUAUAUUACUAAUUAAACGAUAUGAUUUGACGUA